AAGCCGUGCACAAUAUGCGGCACCCCGCGUGGACUUCUCGUGCGCUGCAUCAUCGACGAGUCGCAAAAGUGGAACAUGGUCUGUCCUGGAAGCUGCUGGCGAAGUGUGUCAGGCGGCGUCGAGGAUGCUAAAGGGCUUGAAGGACAGUACCCGCACUACAGAUAUGGCGGAAUGUGGAAGAACAAGCACGCGGAUGGACCAGUCAGUGCCAAGAAGCCUGGAAAGGUCAAACGAAGGCAGAAAGAAGAGCGUGCCCAAAGAGAA